UCUCUCACACACACACAACAACACACACUUGCUUCUCUCUGUGUCUUUCUCUCUCUCUCUCUCUCACACACACACACACAACACACACUUGCUUCUCUCUGUGUCUUUCUCUCUCACACAACCAGACACAUUUGUUUGCAAGUAAAGUCUAUAAACCAGAGGGGUCUGUAGUCUUUAUCAGAAGAACCAAAAACUGACAUUCUUCAACUUCAAACCAAAAUUUUCUCUCUCUUAUUACAGUACAGUUUUUGUGAACAAAACCUCUGUCUGCUACAGUAAUGGAGGACAAAUUUGCCCCUCCCUUCUCGGUGAAAUACCCAAUCCCGCCCCCCUCUUUUUAGAUUCUACCGACCGUUGGGAUAAAAGAUACCGUUCCGAUGGAAGUCAUUUAGCUUGCUUAAUCUCUCUCUCUCUCUCUCUCUUUUUAACACGUGACAAUAAUAUUUUUGCUGUAUAUAGAGGUGUAUAUAUACGUACUUAUUGCCGUAUGCAUAUAUGGAUUUCGUGGAGGAGGUAGGGGAGAGUUCGUCGCCGCCGCGGAGCUACGGCAGCUUUGGCGGAGGAAGUGGCGGAGGAGGAAACGAUGUCAUCAGGAAUGAUGUGUAUAAUCGGCUGAUAGAGAAUAGAAACGAAGAGGCCAUUAGUAAUCCUGAUUUCCGCGAGCUGUUGGAGGCUCACUUCAAUCGCCUGCCUCCGAGUUAUGGGCUGGAUAUCAACAUGGAUAGAGUGGAAGAUGUGUUGUUACAUCAAAAGCUUCUAACAAGGGCAAAGGAUCCUGAUAAUCGACCUGUUUUCCACAUCCGUUUUAUGGAGAAUGUUGGAUCUAGAGGUGAUGAUCUUGACGGCGAACAAGUUCUGAGUGUCCCCCCCGUCUCACUCCCACAUGGUAGUGUCAGCAACGGUGUCCAGUCACUCAAUGACAGGAACUCUGGGGGUGACUUUGAGACUUGUUCUAAGCUUGAGGAUCUAAAUUUGGACGUUAGGAAGAUUUCGGAUGGUAUAAACAGGGAAACUUCUGCAGAAGAUCUUUCCAGAAGGCAGGAAACAUCGCAGACGCCAAUUCAUGAAAUUAUAUUUUCAACUAUUGACAAGCCAAAGCUUCUCAGUCAGCUUUCAGCUUUACUCUCAGACAUAGGACUUAAUAUUCGUGAAGCUCAUGUAUUUUCCACAACAGAUGGCUACUCUUUGGAUGUAUUUGUUGUUGAUGGAUGGAAUACUGAGGAUACUGAAGGUUUAUAUGAUGCUAUGGUAAAAGCAAUUGCUGGAAGUGAGGGAUCAUGGUCAGGUUCUUCACACUCCCAGUCAAUUGUGGAGAAAGCUAUUGCUGCACAAACCAAAACUGAAGAUUGGGAAAUUGAUUGGAGAUUGUUGAAGAUUGGGGAAAAAAUUGCUGCUGGAUCUUGUGGAGAUCUGUAUCGUGGAGUAUAUCUUGGUCAGGAUGUUGCUAUCAAGGUCCUUAGAUCUGAACAUUUGAAUAACUCGCUGGAGGUUGAGUUUGCACAGGAGGUUGCUAUUCUGAGACAGGUACAACAUGGAAAUGUUGUACGUUUCAUUGGUGCUUGUACAAAGUUACCACAUUUAUGCAUAGUCACAGAGUACAUGCCUGGGGGGAGCCUAUAUGAAUAUUUGCAUAAGCAUCAUCUUGUCUUGAAGCUCCCGCAGUUGUUGAAGUUUGCAAUUGAUGUCUGCAAAGGGAUGGAGUAUCUGCAUCAGAAGAAUGUUAUUCACAGGGAUUUGAAGACUGCAAAUUUGCUUAUGGACACUUGCAAUGUUGUUAAGGUGGCAGAUUUUGGAGUUGCUCGGUUCCAGAACAAUGGUGGGGUGAUGACAGCGGAGACUGGAACCUAUCGGUGGAUGGCACCAGAGGUGAUAAAUCAUCAACCAUAUGACCAGAAAGCAGAUGUGUUCAGUUUUGCUAUAGUUCUUUGGGAGCUUGUGACCGCCAAGGUUCCUUAUGAUACCAUGACUCCUCUGCAAGCUGCCCUGGGAGUGAGACAGGGUCUUCGCCCUGAACUCCCAAAAAAUGCACAUCCCAAGCUGUUAGACCUGAUGCAAAGAUGUUGGGAAGCAGUUCCUAGCAACCGACCUUCCUUCAGUGAGAUCAUAAUUGAACUUGAGGAACUCCUACAAGAAGUAAAGGAUACUUGUGGUGUACCCAAUGGCUGCUGAGUAUAUAACACUGGGAUUGCAUUGCACAUUUUGAUACUAACUAGUAAGAAUUGCUUUUGUCAUCUUUCUUUCUUUUGCUUUUCUUUUCCGGCCUUGAUAUGGAUAUAGAGUUAACUCAAUUACAUGGC